AUCUAUUAAAAUCAUCAUCAAGAAAAAUAAUUAUUUCGUACGACACCACGUUCACAUUAUGUGAUAGUUAUGUAUCAUCGUUAAUAUAUCGACACGACAAUUUUGCAAAUGAACCAUGUGUGCCAUUAGCAUUUAUGAUCCAUGAAUCAAAGAAUCAAAUAACCCACGACUAUUUGACCACUAUAUUGAAAGAAUAUUGUCCGUUAAUUAACAUCAAAUGUUUACUCGUGUCAGAUGCAGAAAAGUCGUUCAAGAACUCGUUCAACGAAAAAUUUCCAGGAAUGAUACAAGUUAGAUGUUGGCUACACCUGUUCAGAAACGUCUACAAACAUGUUAUUCGUGGACAGAAGAAAAAGAAGAAAAAUGACGCCAAUACAGUCAAUAAUGAAGCUAAGGCACUAGAUAAAACUCGUAUUUUAGCAACUAAUUUUACUGUAGCUGGUGAAGUGGAAUUACUGGAUGAUGAUCUGGAAGUUGACGAGGAUAAUGUAUUUUAUGAUGACGAAUUCGAUAGCGUCAAGAAAACAGUUGUAUGUCCAAUAAUUGAUGUAUUAACAUGGAAUGCGUUUGAAUUAUUGCAAGGUGCCACUGAUAUUUUUGGUACAUUUGGUUGGAAAAUGAUAUUUCGUUGGUCCAAAAUUACAAAUAAAAAUUAUGAUCAUAAUGAUCAUUCGAAACCGGUUCGGUAA